CCGAGAAGUAUCACCCCACAGCUUCGUCCGCAUCUCCCUGUAGCCGUGAAUAUAUUAUAUGUAUCCCACCAUCCCCAACGGAUCCCAACGAAAAGCCAACAUAUAUAUAUAUAUAUCACAAAGUCACAUCCACUCCAGCAAUGCCCACCAAUCGCUAUUUCGCCCAAGCCCCCCCCUUCCCCGCUGACACGCCGACCAUCGAUCUUCCCGUUCUCUCAUUUUCGGACCUACGAUCCGGCAACCCAACCGAAGGAGAGAAGUUAUUUGCCGCCAGCCGCGAAUGGGGAUUUUUCCUAAUCGACUUACACGACUCCGCAGAAGGCAGGACCCUCCUCCAUGAUGCAGAAGCCAUGUUCGAUCUUGACAUCGAGCUCUUUUCCCUCGACCAGACAACACUCGACCAAUACGCUUACAACGCGCCCAAAGACCUUACAGGCUAUAAGCGCAUGGGAGCGCUCAAAACCGACGACGGCAAGCUCGACCACAUGCACCUCUACAACAUUAACCAGGACGAUAUCCUGGGUAAUCGUCCUCCCCGCACCAACGCACCCCCGAUCGAGGCACAGCGCCCCCAGAUCCAGAAUUUCAUCCGCCACGCUUCAUCAGCUUUAGACGUUAUUCUUAAAACGCUGGAUGACCAUCUCGGUCUGGAACGCGGUACACUGAGCAAACUCAGUCCACUAGAUCAGGAGUCCGAGACCUCUGUCCGCUUACUAUGCAGUCCUCCCCACGCAUCCGGUGAAGCGAAUCGAGAUCGCAUCUCGUUAGGCGGACACACAGAUAUUGGGACAACGACGCUGCUAUUCCACAUUAUUGGAGGCCUGCAGAUCCUCCCUGCGGGGCUCGAGAAUAAGAUGGAGAAUUGGCGUUUUGUCCGACCCGUGCCGGGCUGUGCGCUGGUCAAUAUUGGUGAUGCUCUGGUAGAGUGGACCGGUCAGCUGCUACGGAGUUCCUUGCAUAGGGUUCUAGCUGCACCCGGAGAACAGGCAUUCGUGCCGAGACGGAGUGUGGCGUAUUUGGUCAGGCCGGCGAAGUCAGCAUCCAUGCGGAGAAUCCGUGGUGGGAAGAUACCGGUGCUGACUGAGGGAGAAGAGGAGGAGACGAGGUCGGUGGACGAGUGGGCAGCUUGGAGGUCGAAACAGGUUAUGUUGGGGCUGUUGAAGCCGCAGACGAGGGGAGGGGUAGUUCCUGUGUAGGGGUCCGUAUACAGGUUUCGCCGGGUAGACAGCACAGCACAGCAUACCCCCUCUCCCCAGAACCCUUCGAAUGCACAAGUGAGACCUGGUGGCCACCAACCCGAAUACUGACCUCCCAGCGUGUGGCUUGUGUGCGGUCAAUAGGCGGGUGGGUGCCUCUAAACCGGCGACCCUAGCGCUGCAAUUGUUUGGUAUGAGUUAUUUCAUAUCUCUUAUGCGCCAUUUUGCUGGACCAGAUGGAAUCUCUGCCGGGGACCGUUUAUGCUGUUAGCACAAAGUUAGUACAAUAGUUACAAUCAAUGUCACGUUCAACAGGAUGACCCUGAAGGGGC